AUGCCAGCCGUUCUUCUCAAUCCCACUGCCUGCGGCAUUUGCGCCAAAGAAACAACUCGUAGAUGCGCGCGGUGCAAAUCUACCCCAUACUGCUGUCGUGCCCAUCAGCGAAAGGACUGGUCGGCUCACAGUGCGACCUGCACUCCUGCUCCUCGGCGGCGCAUCAUUUGGGGAAUAUCCCUGCCCGCCUUUCACCUGCGUUCUGAACUCGUGCCCAUCGUCGUCAACGAAAAUGGAGGUCUACCAGGGACUCCGACAUCCAAUGUACUCGAGUUGGUCGAACAUCUUGGCGGCAGCAAGCAUGAUUCCCGAGUCAUCUCACUCGUUCAAUCUGUACAAGGUUAUGACGGGCCAACUACAACACACCCGUUCAACAAGGGGACUGCACAACAGCUACGCCCGAAGCGUUCAAAUGAAAGUAUCAAGACCCAACGCGACGGGCAGACUGCUUACCAUCUUCGGAUCUUCUUUCGCGAUGCGUUCCGUAGCGAUGGCUCGCCCAUCAACCGCUCAGUACGCAUGCUCUGUGGCGCACGCCUGCUUGCCGACGGCUCCUUAAACGGCGGCGACACGCCACUGGAAUGGUGUGGAAACAUCCUUGUCAUGCGUUGCGAGAUGCGCGACGACGGGGAGCACUACUUGAGUGCUACGCACGCGGAUUUGGAGGUCGUCAAGGACUGGUUAGGGCGCUACCACGGCGAGACGAGGGGGGGAUGA